AUAUGUGGCACCAAGAAUUACUUAAUUAUUCAAAUAGACCCCCAACAAUUUUUUAUUUUAUUGCCUUUGUUUUGAUUGCUUUCGGUAUGUGGUGCUGGCGGUACAAUACCAAUUUAUACCAAAAGAUGGCAGUGGUAGCGCAUGGGAGAGAGACUGACUUCCGAGCCUUAUGCAGAAGAAGAUGAUUUAAAGCGCGUAACGUAGCACAUAAGACUUAUGACUAAGCGGCGCAGUGCAGCCACUACUAUGUCUUCUGUUUUCACAGAAUCACUCUAUCAACAGAUUUCCUGCUUCUCCCAACCAGAGAAAGUUUGUCAGCAAAUCCAGUGCUGGCGCACCUUCAAACCACAACCUCAUGAUGUGUAGAGCAGAGUCAGUGUGGUCUCAUUUCUCUGAAAGUGAAGCUUAAACCGUCUCGGAGAGGAAAAAUGGCGCAGAAAGAAGUCCAGCUGGACCCAGAGAGUUUCUCUUGUUCGGUUUGUCUGGAUCUAUUGAAGGAUCCGGUGAUGAUUCCCUGCGGACACAGCUACUGCCUAAAGUGUAUUAAAAACUUCUGGGAUGAAAAGAAUAAGAAAGGCAUCUACAACUGUCCUCAGUGCAGGCAGACCUUCACAACAAGGCCUGCUCUGGUGAAAAACAUCAUGUUGGCAGGAUUAACUGAGCAGCUGGAGUUAACUGGACACAGAGCUUUUCUUACUGAACAGAGUUGUGCUGGACCUGAAGAUGUGGCCUGUGAUAUUUGUACAGGGAGGAAACUAAAAGCUAUAAAGUCGUGUUUGAUGUGUUUGGUGUCUUAUUGUGACCAACACCUGCAGCCUCAUUACGACGUGGCUCAGUUGAAGAAGCACCAACUGGUGCAGCCCUCCAAGCAGCUCCACGACAACAUCUGCUCCCAUCACGAUGAGGUGAGGAAGAUGUUCUGCCGCACCGACCAGCAGACCAUCUGUUACGUCUGCAUGGUGGAUGAACAUAAAGGUCACGACGUGGUUUCAGCUGCAGCAGAGAGGAAGGAGAAGCAGAAAGAUCUGGAGGUGAAGAGAGGAGAAAUGCAUCAGACAAUGGAAGAUGGAGAGAGAGACAUGAAGCUGCUUCAGCAGGAAGUGGACGCCAUUAACGACUGUGCUAAUAAAGCAGUGGAGAACAACGACAGGAUCUUCUCUGAGGUGAUGCGUCUCAUUGAGAAAAGAGGCUGUGAGGUGAAGCAGCAGAUCAGAUCCCAGCAGGAGUCUGAGUUGAGUCGAGUCAGAGAUCUUCAGGAGAAGCUGCAGCAGGAGAUCUCUGAACUAAAAAGGAAAGAUGCUGAGCUGGAGCAGCUCUCGCAUACGGAGGAUCACAACCAGUUUCUGCAGCAAUACCUCUUAAUGUCUGCUUUUAAUGAAACAAAACACUCAUCCAGCAUCGUUGUUGGUCCUCUGAGGUACAUUGAAGACGUGACACCAAACUUGUCAAAACUGAGAGAUGAACUGCAGGACAUCCUGAAGGAGAAAUGGACAAACAUCUCACUGAAAGUCACUGAUGUGGAUGUUGUACUGUUAGAACCAGAACCAAGGACCAGAGAUGACUUCCUACGAUAUUCACAGGAAAUCACCUUGGAUCCAAACACAGCUCACAUGAACCUCCUACUGUCUGAGGGGAACAGGAAGGUAACCCUUAUGAUACAAAGUCAGUUCUAUCCUGAUCACCCAGAGCGGUUGUCAGUUAAAUUCCAGAUCCUGAGUAAACAGAGUUUGUCUCAGCGAUGUUACUGGGAGGUGCAGUGGGGAGGACAAGCAGGACGGGGAAGUUAUGUGGCAGUUGCAUACAAGGAUGUUUAUAAAAAAAACAGUGUGUUUGGACAAAAUGACAAAUCCUGGUCUUUAUUUUGUUGCCCAAACAAUCAUCAAUUUUGGUACAACAGCAUCCGAACUGCCAUCCCUGGUUCUGAGUUCUCCAGAGUCGGAGUUUACCUGGACCAACCAGCUGGUGCCCUGUCGUUCUACAACGUCUCAGAGACCAUGACUCUGAUCCACAGAGUCCAGACCAGCUUCACCCAGCCGCUCUAUGCUGGAAUACAACUCUGGUUCAGCAUCGGCGACACAGCCGAGAUCUGUAAACUGAAAUAAUUAUAACCAAAUGAGAAAUUCAUUUAAUGAAGUAAUUGUUUUUUUUUUCUUUGUUCUUUCUUAGAUUGAUUUUUCAUUAAAUAUCAGCUCAAAAAGGUUUUAAAUUUCUACCUCUUGAGGUUUUGUGGAUCAGACACCAGUCAGCAACUGGUUACAUGGUAGCAACAAAUUCCCUUCAUGUUCCUAAAGUUAAAAAUAAUUUUAAUGAGAUGCCAGAGAAAGAGCUGGAGGGAAUUUUCCCAGCCAAAAAUGUUAUAGUGUAGUACUUUGCUGCCCAUCCCCCACCUGUUGCUGCUCACUUUGACCAGCCAGACUGCUGCAGUAAUCACUCAAAGACAAAUUUGGUUGUUCAGGAAAUAUUUCUGGUUGUGAAAAAUAAAAGCUAGCAAGCUGAGUGACAUGUUGAAGGAUGGCUAGUGUUUGAUGAUUUUGGUUUAUUUUAGUCCCAGUGUUAAUCUAGAAACAGCAGAACUUUGAAAAAAAAAGUACUAAAUUCUGCAUUUUUCUUUAUUCUUUUAAGAAAAAAAAAACCUUAACAAAAUAACAUUGAUUUUAUAUGACAUAAAAAAGUUAGUUAUUAGGAGUUAUUAGCAAAGUCUGU